UGGCACCGGUGUUACCGAUCCGUGUUCCGAGAUUCUUCAGUGCUGUAUUCGUAUCUCCCUGCCAGGCACGCCAAACGCGCCCCCUUGGCUUUUUUUUUUAAUAUUCGUCCGUAUAAUGUAGGCAACACUUUCCACUAUUUACUAACGUAUUUAUAAGUUUAAUCAAACGCGGUAAUGUAACCCCGUCCGGCAAUUUGUGCAAGUUUGACCGGAACAAGCAUGCAGCCCUAAAAGGGACCGUCUCGCCAACUGGAAGUUAAUUUCAAGUCCAGAGAAGAUGGAAACUCGUUCCCCGUAAGAAACGAAGCGAGAUGGGAAAAUGGGAGCUGACAAUGAACCCAGUGCAGGAGUGGGGUGAAGAAUCGGAGGACGGUGCCGUUUACGGGAUCACGCUGCACCGCGUCCCCGUCCCCUCCUCGCCCUCCCGCUCCAAUCCAUCGGGCGCGUUCGUCCAGUACCGCACCAACAAAGUGCGGCGUCUGAAGGCCGCUCGUCUGCAAAUGCUCGUCAAUCACCUCCUGGAUGCCGACCGUCUGGAACAGGACUACGGCAGGAUCUUCCUCUCCACGUACAGAACCUUCACCAGCACGGCUAAACUCUUAGAGCUCACCUUCCAAAGAGACAGUGCAGCAGCAGAAUUGGAAAAUGGGGAAUGCAACCCGGGUCCUCUGUUGGCCUUCGUCCAGACGUGGCUGGACGAAUACAGCGAGGACUUGAGGGAUCCUCCGCUGCACUCCGGGCUGCAACUUCUUUUGGAUCACCUGAGGAUCAGCUCCGCCGUGCACGACCGACUCCACCGUCAGCCGAACUUCUGUUCGUUGGCCGGGCAAACUGAAAAAUUGCUUCGGAGGUUCCGGAAUGAAGAAUCUGCGACACGUGUGAGCCGACCGCAGGAGCAACUUUCAGGCGACGAGGAUUCAGGAUGUGAACACUCACAAGAUCAAGGUGACAUUGGGGAUUUCUCAGCAAGAGCCAUCGCAGAGGAACUCACCCGCAUGGACUCUGCUUUAUUUUCCAAAGUGGCUCCUUACCAGUGUUUGGGCUGCAUCUGGUCACAGAGAGACAAGAAGGAGAACAUGUCCCCCACCAUCAGGGCCACCGUCGCGCAGUUUAAUCGCGUGACCAACCUGGUCAUCGUGUCCCUGCUGCGCCGCCCCGCCCGCGCCGCCUCCAGUGCGACGCCGCCGCAACGAGCUCGGAUCGUGGAGAAGUGGAUCCGCGUGGCGCUCGACUGUCAGCGUUUGAAGAACUUUUCCUCCGUCAAGGCCAUUCUGUCCGCCCUUCAGUCCAAUGCGGUCUACAGACUGAGAAAGACCUGGGCUGCAGUUAGCAGGGACAGCAUGUCUACGUUUGAUAACCUCUGUGAAACCUUUCCUGAUGAAAACGGUCUUCUGACCAACAGGGAGCUCCUGGUGGAGAAUACGUCCGGUGGAGCGGUGCCUUACCUGGGCACCUACCUGACCGUCCUCACCAUGCUCGACACAGCCCUGCCGGAUACCGUGGAGGCUGGACUCAUCAAUUUUGAGAAGAGGAGGAGGGAAUUUGAGGUUCUGUCACAAAUCCGGGAUCUGCAAGCGUCCUGUACUCAGUUCCACCUGCCUCAUCACCCCACAAUUGCCGCCUGGAUGCGGGGGCAGAAACUGCUCACUGACCAAGAAAGUCAUGAACUUUCAAGACAGUUGGAGCCUCCGGCGGAUGUGUGUUCGCCAACCACUUGGACCCACCGAACGCUCACUAAGAAACUUUCCUCUCUCUUGACAAUGGGCGAUGGAUCCAAAAAGCUCCCAGCAGACCAGAUCAGCGUUUCAUCUUCGGGAUCCAGCGGUUCUGAGUUGGAAGAUCUUUCCUCUCCAAACUCGGCCUGUUCCAUCAGACUGCAGUCCUUCCACAGUUCUAGCAGCAAUCUGUCAGAGGUCUUCUCUUCAUCUUCCUCCUCCUCCUCCUCUUCAUCGUCCUCUCCGUGCUCCUCGACGGCCUUGUCUCCGGACUGCCAAACUCCCUCGGGCUCGUCUUCGGACUCCCUCUGCUCCUCGGCGGCUUCCCGUGUCACUACUCGGCCCUUGGCGGCCCCCCAGCACAAACGCUCCGUGUCCAUGACCUCUCUGCCCGUCUACAACCGCCAAAGCGCCGAUUCCUGCAUCGUGAGGGUCAGCGUGGAACUGGGCCACAACAAUGGCAACAUGUACAAAAGUGUCUUGUUGACCAGCCAGGACAAAACUGCACAUGUGAUUCAGCGGGUUUUAGACAAACAUCACCUGGAUCACUUGAACUGGCAGGAUUUCACUCUGGCACAGGUCAUCUCGCAGGAGAGAGAGUUGCUCAUACCAGACAAAGCCAACGUCUUCUACGCCAUGUCCACCACGGCAAACUUUGAUUUUGUCCUGCGUCGCCUCCAAAAAGGCCACAAGAAACCACUGAGAGCCACGUCAAGUCUUGGGCGCUACACAAAAUAGGACCACAAAAGCGACUUGGGAAACUCUUUAAUAGUUGCAAAAGAGAAACGUUUCUUGAUCCUCUUUUGCUGGUAACAAAGACGAGAACGUGUGAAGAAGCUCUGAUGGUAGCAAAGAUGGGGGGUGGGGCGCGGAAGGAAGCACUUUAUGAAUAAUUCUCACUGCAAUGGGGACUCAGGUUUCAAAUACCUGAUGUGCUGUGUGGGGUUCAGAUGUCUGAAGAAAUGUGUGAAGUUUUGUGAUCCUCUCGAGGCGAGUUGUGCUCAUAUCACCGCACCUGAGCCAGCUGGCAAGUGGGUGGCGGUGUACUGUAUUGACCCAGCAGCACCAUGUUCCCUGGCCAGUUUCGCUGCACCUGCUGUUGCAGAGACAUUCGGCACAUUUGGAUGACAGCCCUGACCGGAAGGUUGGCAUUCCCCAGUCUGGUAACCGUGACAGCAAGAGAGACCUUGGAGAGGAACAUUUUUUUCUGUGUUUUGUCUCUUUCAUUGGUUGGUGUUUUUAAUCUCACUGUUGUUCGCGUCAAUCCUAUUCUGAUUGCAUUUUUUUUUGUUUGUUUUUGAUUCAUGUUGUCUGCGUACUUUCACUGGGAGCCAAUUGAAAACCUACACCAAGCACGGAUGCCUAAAUUUAAAAUGUUACUGUUUUCUAAUGAUGUUGAGAUGAUUUAAAAUGUUUUACAAAUUAUUUAAAAAAUAUUUCAUGUAAGUGGUUCAGUCAUGUGUGCCCUGAAUGAAGCUGCUGCUCACAUAUGUUGUCUAAUGCCGGAAGACAAUUUGUACAUGUUCUCAUUUCAAUAACUUCGGUUGACGCCGACAGUAAACACCCAGUGAGAUGGGUCACAAUGCUCAUUUACAAGUGUGACAUAACAGAAGUGGUACACAGAACACUAUUUGAUACAGUUUGAAUUCAAAAACAUUUUUCCUAAUAAAAGAGAAUGUCAACUCUGUAAAACAAUAAAAAAUGUGUAA